CAAACAGAUAAAGAUAUAUUAAAAAAAAUAUUGACAAAACAUGAGAGAAAGAUAAAGUCAAUUAACAACAUAAACGACAAUUUUCUACCGAAGUUCGAUACAAAUCGUCGAAUCACUGCGCUCACUGUAUCAACAAUGAUCCGCGGAGAAAGCGCGAGCCUCGUUCUUCCAUCGAUCAGCACCGAGCGAGCGUUUCCCGCGCUACUUUAUAAUGCCGUCUGCACGCGAUGGCGCGCUCACAUUCGUCCUGCCGAUGCCGCAGUCAGACCUCACCUACGACGACCACAAACCCACGGGCCACGUGGCCAUCGGGUACUGCUGUCACAGCGUCACCAGCCUCGAGACGAAGCGAGGGCGGCGCAACAACGCCGUCAUCCUCCUCUUUGUCGUGCUCAUCCCAGUGGUGGCGUUGUUUGUCCAGAACACCAUCAACGUCCAGCAGAAGUCCAUGGCCGUGCAGCGGACGAUGGAAGUCAGGGACGACAUUCUCUUCAGCGUCGAGACCGGGAUGGUGAUCCACUACGUCCAGAUCGAGCGAGGGGUGACGGCGCUCUACGUCAGUUCCGGCUUGGACGCAGAAGUCCUGACCACUUUGAGGGGUCACCGGAACCGGACGAACAAGUCGAUGAGGGCCCUCACCCAAUGGCCCAAGACGACCGUGCCUAAAUAUUUCUCGAGCGUCGAUGCGUAUCUCAGUGAGAUCCAGGUGUUCAGGGACCAUAUCAACGUCAGCACGGAGGUCGUCGAGGUGUUGACGUUCUACAGCGAGGGGAUCGAGGUUAUGAUUCAGUGGGUGUCAGAGAGUGUGAAGUUCUCUCGGGAGGGGACGCUGUGGCAGGUGUUAGUCGGAUACCACAUGCUGAUGGUCGGCAAGGAGCAGGCCGGAGUGGAACGAGCUUUAGGGGGCACGUUCUUCGCUCAAGGACGGUUUUCCCCACACGAGAUGGAGUCGUAUAUUCGACGAAAGGUUCUGGGCGAGUCCUACCUCAAGAGAAGCGCCGAAUACCACCCGGAAGUGGAGACGUUCCUUAAGAAAAACUUCCGGGGCACCGACCUCGAUCUUCGCCUGGCGGAACUUAAAGGCCGGAUCUUGGCGAACAACGAAUCGGCUGCCUCCGUGAGCAUGGGCUCGUGGUGGUUCCGGAACAUGACGCAGUACAUCAACAUGCUGAAGGCGAUCCAGGACAAAUUGGCGGAGGACAUCGUCAGCGAACUCGACUUCCAGACGGCGACGCUCAAGAACAGCCUCACCACCAGCAUCAUCGUCAUGCUGUUGGCCAUGCUGCUCACCCCCGUCGUCAUGUUCUGUCUGCUCCGAGUGGCCACGAAGAUCGAGAAAUUCGCCGUCACGCUCACGGAGCGCACGCACGACCUCGACCUGGAGCGCAAGCGCAGUCAGACGAUCCUCUUCGAGCUGCUUCCGGUGCAGGUUGCGCAGAAGUUGAUAAACAGGGAGACGAUUGAGCCGGAGAGUUACCAGUCGGCGACGGUUUUCUUCUCCGAUAUCGUCGGCUUCACCGUCAUCUCGUCCAACAGCUCCCCGCUGCAGAUAGUGGCCAUGUUGAACAUGUUGUACAAGAAGUUCGAUGAUGAGCUGGAAGUGUUCGACGUCUAUAAAGUGGAGACUAUAGGCGAUGCCUACAUGGUUGUAUCCGGGUUGCCUCAGAGGAACGGCGAAAGGCACAGCGCGGAAAUAGCCAACCUCGCCUUGAAUUUGAGAAUAAUCAUUUCCGGUACGUCAGUACCGCACAUUCCAGAUCAUAAACUACAGCUGAGAAUCGGCAUCAAUACAGGUCCUGUUGUAGCUGGUAUAGUGGGCACCAAAAUGCCGAGGUAUUGUAUUUUCGGCGACACCGUCAACGUUGCGUCCAGAAUGGAGUCGACGAGUUUACCACUGUAUAUUCAAAUUUCACAAAGCACGAAAGAUGCGUUAGAUAAACACAGCGGAUUUGUGACGGAAGAUCGCGGAUCUGUCGAAAUAAAGGGUAAAGGUCUGAUGAACACAUACUGGUUGAUAGGUACAAAUACGAAUCCGAGGCUGACCUGCUCGUUGUCAGGGAGAUGACGUCGCCACACCGUCCAAUGAUACGUACACUAACUGUUCUGUGAUCAGCAGCAAUUAAUACUGGAGCACUUGAUACUUUAAUUCUUUGGAAUGAUAUUACAUUUUUAUAUAUAUAGCACUAUCUAUUGGUUUUGGGUAGUGACAGUUAUCAUGGGCGCCAUUUUACUAAGUGAUCUUAAAGAUUCGCCCUAAAAUCACCUAAUAAAGAAAUUUAGUUCUUCCAUUGUACUUUUGAUGGCUUAGGUAAUUAGAGCCCCAAACGUAAGCAUACGAGACAUGGGGGCAAGAAGGGCUGCAACUAACCCCCUAGUGCUGGAGCAAACCCUCAAAUUCGGGCAAAAACGAUAGAGAUAUUCGGGCAAAAUGUGCUAAGCUCGGACAAUUUUCCCAUGUAUUUCCAUCAUUCUACCUGCAAAAUUAGUUGUAAUCCAUGUACAAAUGCGUAGUGAUUCGUUGGCAACCCUAUAUAGCUGUUUGGCAUUAAUGCUAAUAAGACCCAAAAUGCUGUUAUCCAGAUUCGGGCAUUUUCAUUUAAUUCGGGCAAAAGUCAGCCCCCCCCCCCCCUCCCCGCCCUACAAAAAUGGGAGCUUGCACGCCCAUGACAGUGAGAUCGCUCAGUGAAACGGGGCCCUGUUAUUAGCUAAUCUAGAUUCUUACACAGUAGAAAGGUUUCACAAUCACACCUUUACUGUUAUGAAUAAGCAUAACAAUGGUCUGAAAGUAUAUAGCCUGUUUAUGUGUUACACGUGUGUAAAUACAUACAUAUACCCUUCUUAAAGGGACAUACCCUACUUUUUAAACAAUAAGGCAUAUUUUGCACUAUUAGAACCGUUUUUGAUAACUGAAAUCAUACUUUACUUAGAUGUUAUUGUUUAGAUUAUCCAUUUCCGUACAUUCGAAGUGUUUUUGGUCAUCCUGGUGUUUUUUAAUAUCACAAAAUGCAUUUCUCAUAUGGAGUCCAUUUGUAGUCUGUUUUAGAGGAUGUUUCACCAUUUCAAAGUCACAGACUCAUGUUUCACUCUAUUGUAAUUUUAUCCAACUGUGUUACAGGUUUGUAGAUUAACUAAACUUAGUGUUAAUUUUCACGGGCUGAAACUAGGGUCUGUUACCUUCGUAAAUUCGGUGAUUCGAUAAGUUUUAAUCGUUGAUCUAGUUUCACAGAUCGGCACGCAUAGUAUCUUAAAGAUGGCCGCAUUCGUAGAAGUGUUACUUAUUUAUUAUUAUUAUUAUUAUUAUUAUUAUUAUUAUUAAAUUUGAUGUUAGCCACGAAGUGUAUUACACGUAGCAGGUUUACCAUCGUAAAAAGAGCGGGAAGCAAAUUGCUGUGACGUCAACAACUUCACUCAAAGCGGUGACCUAUCAUUAUCCGUAACAGUAACGGUGUGGUUGCGAAACAUAUCUAAUGUCUCAGGUUUGAAUGACAUUAGUUACAUUUGAGUUACAUUUUAUAUUUGAAGCGGACGUAUGGACCUGUGGCGUAGCGAGGGGGACACGGGGUCCAUUCCCCCUCCCCCAUCAAAACUUUUUUUUAUAAAAUGCCCCCUCCCCCAUCAAACCUUUUUUUUUAUAACAUCAUACAUCCAUACUACAUACAUACGUACAUACUGUACAU